AUGCCUAACUUCGACGAUUUCGUUGCCGGCAACGAGGAGUUCGUGGCAACCUUCAAGGAUGGCGACAAGCCGAUGCCCCCUGCUCGCAAGGCACUCCUGGUCACUUGCAUGGACGCCCGCAUCCACCCAGAGAAGGCGCUGGGCGUGGACAUAGGCGACAUCCACGUCGUGCGCAACGCUGGAGGCCGGGCGGUGGACGCGGUGCGCUCGGUGACCAUCUCCCAGCAGCUGCUGGGGACCACUGAGAUCUUUGUGGUGCACCACACCGACUGUGGCAUGCUCACCUUCAGCACCCCCCAGCUGCAAGGCAUCGUGAAGGACAGGCUGGGGCACGACGACGCCACACACUACCACGAGUUCAGCGACCUGGAGAAGAGCGUGCGGGACGAUGUGGCGCUGCUCAAGGCGUCACCCGUGGUCAGGCCGGGGACCCCCAUCCGCGGCGGCAUCUACGACGUUCGCACCGGCAAGAUCAGCUGGCUGGACUGA